AACUGUCAGGAGUUUGCGUAUUAAAAUGUUCUUGUUCGGGUUUUUUUUGAACUGUUCUAGGACUAACUUCUUCGUGUUCGAGUUUCGUCAGAAUCAUCCUGGGACGAUCCUAGAACUAUCCAAAUUCAGUACCUGAGAACUGAUCUGGGAUAUUUUCGACGCAUGUCGAAAUUUGUUGAUAGCAACCUAACCUAACCUUAAUUUUUGAACAGGUGGUCGGUAAUCUGAAGGUAACCAAAUUUUAUUUGAAAAGGGUGUUGUAAUUAUUUUUAUCAUUCUGUUAUCAUUAAAUUCGCGAAUUAUGGAGUUUAUACAUUUAUUUGAUAGUAGUAGUAGUUCUUCAUCGUCCUCUUCGAACAGUGAUGAAGAGUUUCUUGCCGAAUUAACUGAAAAUAUCGUACCAAACUUGUUGAUUCCUGAAAUUUUACUAGAUAGACCUAAAAAUGAAGGUAACGUUGAGGAGACAGUACCAUUAUAUUCGAAUAAACAAUUCACUGAACAUUUCAGGGUUUCCAGAGAUAUUGUUCAUAAACUGAAAGAACAGUUCGAAGCUUCAAAAUAUUACCCCAAAAAAGAAACAGGCUUCCGAAGAAUUGGUAGUGAGAGAUGUAUACUAGCCUUUUUAUGGUUUGCCAGUAAUGAAUCUACUUCAUUUAGAGAUGUGGCUGACAGAUUCAAUUUAUCUGUGAGUACGCUCCAUAGGAUCGUAGUAAAUGUGACAUCAUUUCUUUCUGAUAUGUCUGGCAAUGUCAUUGUUCGGCCAUCAGUAACAGAAUGCAGAAUCAUUUCAGAGGAAUUUGCAGAGAUGGGUUUUGUCUUGAAAUUUUACUUUAUUGCAUAA